ACCACACGCAAACUAUCGUCUCAUCCACUUCCUAAUCUACUUACUUAAUUUUUUGUAAUUUACUUUCUCCGACGUUUAAAGUCAAAUUUAUUGUGAUAAAGAUAAAAGUAUCUUUUGUUUGUAGACUUUUGUGAUUUGUGUGGCAAGGCCUUCUCUGUCGCAUUCGAUUCUGUGAUGUUUAUAAUAUUUUAAUGAAAAACAUGAGGAUUCCCACCAGGCCAGCACCUACCAUAGACGAGGCCGUUAACAAAAAUAGUACAAAACAAAGUCAACAGUACAACAAGAAGAAACCGCCCCCCAGACCUCCGCCUCCUAAUUUCAAUAAGACACAGAGUAAAUCAGCAUGGAAUUUGAGUCAACAGUUCGAUGGCAUUUCAUUGAUCGAUUUAAGUCCGCCGGAAUCGUUAAACACAUUCGUAGCAAAUAGGAAUCGUGCCUUCGGGGGAAGUGUAUCUAGUUCAUUUAGUAGUAGUACGAGCAGCUUAGCGUCGAGCAAGAGAAGUUUUGAAUAUGAUAGCGUAAAUUUAGACCCGUGGUCGACUCCAGCUCCAUCGAAUACACAAUCAGUAUUUUACCUUGAUAGUAAUAAUUCCGCACAACUGUGCGUACCGACAAUAAUAAGGCCUCAGAGUAAUAAGCGAACUGUAAAUAAAACGACAAACGAACCUAGCCAAAGAGAGCAAUCGCCCCCGAUGCCGUCGGUCCCACCUCCAUCUCCACCCAAAGAAACUGCUGAAGUGAUUGUACCGUACGGAAUUGCUUUGUAUCAUUUUCCUGCCGCUCAACCGGAUGACCUUCCAUUACAGGUUAAUGACAUCGUAUUCCUUCUCAAGCGACUGAACUCCGAAUGGUUUUACGGUCGCGUCGAAGAUCGCGAGGGUAUGUUUCCCGCCUCCUUCAUCUCCAUACAAGUGCCUUUGCCCGACGAAGACAACCUUGUUACCGCAUUAUACGAAUUUAAUCCCCAAGUAGCUGGCGAUUUGCAACUGAAACCUGGUCAAGUAAUACGCGUCACUGGCCGCUUAUCGGACGAUUGGCUGAUAGGAGAAUCAGAAGGACGUGUAGGACAAUUCCCUUCAAAUUUUGUUGAUAGGGUACCUUCUGUGUUAUAGUAAUUAGUACAAAUUUUGUUUGUUAAGGUGAGGUGAGUAGUCCUAUAAUACUGUAACGUUUAUUUAUUUGUUAAUUUAAUUGUGUUGUCCCAGGUUAAUUAUUGUUCAAAUUAUCAAAGCAAACUAACCAAAAAUUAUGCACAAUAUAAUGUUUUUGAUAAUAUUUACCAAAUUUUAAUGUACCUUGUAUGCCAUUGUAUCGUGAACAAUAAUGCCAUCUCUCUGAUUAAUACAGGGAAAAUGUUAUUGUCUUAGUUUAGUUUUGAAUGUGAUAACGCAAUAGAUAUAAUUCUAAUGGGCCAAUAAUAAUCGAUGUUACAUAUAUUUUUGUAUUUCAGCGUAAUUAAUAAACUGAAAUGACCAUC